GUGGUUUCCACAGUCAUGAAAUGGAAGACAGUGACAGCCAUCUUUCUUUUGGUGGUUCUGUACCUGGUGAUGGGAGCAGCCGUCUUCAGAUCUCUGGAGCAGCCUCACGAGAGUGCCCAGCGUUUGGCCAUCCUGACCCAGAAGCUGGAGUUCCUGUCCAGACACUCCUGUGUGAACCAGAGCCAGCUGGAGGAGCUGGUGAAGUGUCUUCCUGUCAUCUCUGCAGGUUUUGGGAACAUCUCUCCUCACACAGAGGGUGGAAGAAUAUUCUGCAUCAUCUAUGCGUUGCUCGGAAUCCCUCUGUUUGGCUUUCUUUUGGCUGGUGUAGGAGAUCAGCUCGGCACCAUAUUUGGCAAGGGCAUUGCCAGAGUGGAGAAAAUGUUUGUGCACUGGGACAUCAGUCAGACAAAAAUCCGGGUUAUCUCCACGCUGCUGUUUGUGCUGUUUGGCUGCCUGCUGUUUGUGGCGCUCCCAGCAGCCAUCUUUAAAUACAUCGAGGGUUGGUCUGCGCUGGAGUCCCUUUACUUCGUGGUCAUCACACUGACAACCAUUGGAUUUGGGGACUUUGUGGCAGGUGGCUCAGACAUAGAGUACUUAGAUUACUAUAAACCAGUUGUAUGGUUCUGGAUUCUGGUGGGACUGGCCUACUUUGCUGCCAUCCUCAGCAUGAUAGGAGACUGGCUCAGGGUCAUCUCCAAGAGGACGAAAGAAGAGGUGGGAGAGAUCCGUGCUCAUGCUGCAGAGUGGACGGCUAACGUCUCGGCAGAGUUUAAAGAAACCCGUCGUCGUGUCAGUGUCGAGAUCUACGACAAGUUCCAGCGCGCGGCGUCAAUUAAACGCAAACUGUCCACUGACCUGGGAUUUAGCCCCGCCCCUGAACUGACUCUGCCCAGGAGGACUGUGUCGGUCAAUUUCAACGACGAACGGGACAAGAAGGAGGCCGGGCUGCAGGGCCUGAACACGCCUCUGGCCAGAAACGGGGGUUUGCUCAUGAAUGGUUUGGACCCAGAAAGAGGCGAUGGCUCAACCAUCGAACACCUCAAGUAG